GCCUGCCAGCUAAUGUGUCCCGCGAAUUCUACCAUCGGAAAUUCAUUUUUUGUUAAGAACACACCGACUCUUGAACAACGCGUCCCGUUGCCUGUGGGAUACAAUCCUUACCCGGAUGUCGGUGCGGCCUACAAGGCGUACAACACCCGCAAAAUGACCUGGAACGAGGCUCGAAAGUAUUGUAUGUUGGACAACGCUAAUUUGGCAAUCAUCGACUCGUACAGGAAGCACGAUAUCGCGGUAUCUCUGAAGGCCAAGAAUCACGCUGCGCACCUUGGGCACCAUAGAUUGUUCGACAGAGGCGAAUGGACAAACAUCAAGAAUGGUCAUCCGUUGCGGUUAUUGCCAUGGGCGUCCGAUCAACCAGAUCCGAACCCGAAUUGCAACUGCGGGUCAAUGUGGAGCAACAAUCAAGGACUUACCGCGAUACCGUGUGACUGGAAACAGUAUUUCAUAUGCGAAAUUCCGUUAUCCGCAUAAUACCGCCAGAUAUCUCCGAAUUCCUACUCAAGCACAAAUUCAUUCUCUGAAGAAAAGAAAUGUUUAAUUCAGUCCCACGAAUAAAAUUUCCGCCAUUGUUAAUCGGCGUUUAUGAACGGAUUUGCAUAAAAAAAAACAGCUAAGAUUUCGGAAAAUUUACAAUUACCAAAAAUAUUCCGUGAUGAAAAACUCGUCGUCAAUCUUGGCUGUGAAAUCAGGAAAAAAUUCGAAACACGAC